AUGACUCUUCUAGAGCUGACAAGCCUGUUUGAUACGUCAUCUGCUGCUUUACUGGGAAAUGUUGCCGUAGACUUCAGCGGUUUGGUUGUACACAAAGGGAAAGACACAGAAAAGCAGUAUUGCUUUACAAUAACCUACAAAAGCGAGGGUCAAAGACAAUACGAUCUACGCAGUGAAUCAGAGUCGGACUGUAAGGCAUGGAUUGAUGCUAUCCAGAGAGCAAGCUAUGGCAAGGUGUUGGAGCAGAAAGAAGAACUGGAGCAGAAACACUUGCACCUUCUACAGAUUCUUGACAGUGAAAGGCAGGCCAAGUGGCACUAUGUUCAGCAGACUGAGGAACUGGCAGCAGAGGUGAAGAAACUCAAAGCUGAGUUACAGAAAUUUCAUAAGGAAAUUGGCACAAAUCAUCAAGUUAAUGAAGAAACAGAUGAAAUAAAAAAGAUAAAGAAGGUUCAAAGUUUUUUUCGUGGAUGGCUCUGUCGACGUCGCUGGAAGCAGAUUGUGGAGCUGUAUAUCCGAUCCCCUCAUGCAGAGAGCAUGCGGAAACGCAACAGUAUAGUUUUCAGUAUGGUAGAGUGUGAAGAAGAGUAUAACCGCCAACUUUCUUGCCUUGUCACUUGUUUUCUGAGACCAUUAAGAAUGGCUGCAAGUUCAAAGAAACCUCCCAUAUCACAUGAAGAUGUCAACUCUAUAUUUCUAAACAGGUUUGUAUUUUUAAAAUUCUUUUCAAAUACAAAGUUGAAGAUAUUUACUCUGUGGGGUUAUUUGGGUAUUUUUGUCCCAUUCUUCACUCUUUAUUCCCAAAUAGAGCCUACAUAGAAAAUUAUGGUGAUUAUUAUAGUUGAAAUUUCUGUGCCACAUUUGACACUUUGAAAGUCCAACUUUCACUCAUUUCUCAAAUAUCAAACUUAUGUUUAUUUUGAUCACAAUACCUGCUAUGUCCUUGAACCUUCCACAUACUGUAAAUCAUGAAAUUUAUGCGAGCAUUUUAU